AGACAAGGUAGAGAACUUGAGAUUAUUGGGUCUGGGCUUUACCAAGCAUUAAACUAGCCCAUUAGCGCGCCAACUUAAUCCCUAAAUCCGAACCUUUUUUUUUUUUUUUUUUUUAAAUCUCUAGAGAUUCUGGCUCCCGUUUUCGUGCUCGGAUCCAUGGAGGACUGAUCGUGUUAUAAUUUCAUCUCCAGAGAGUCUAUGAAUCACAGAUGCUGAUAGCUAACGAGCAACAACUAAAGCAAGAUCGAUCGAGAAAAAGAUGGACUCCGUUUCUUGACAAGGUUUUAGCUGACUUGGUGGUUAAACAGAUUCAAUCAGGAAACAGACAUAACAACGUUUUCGAUAGCAAAACAUGGAAUAACAUACGCCGUGAAUUCAACGAGCAGACGGAGCUUAACUUCAACAAUGUUCAAUUGAGGAAACAUCUUGCUGUUCUGAGACAACGCUAUAACACUCUUGAAUCAUCUCAUUCUCAUGUUCAAAACGAAUCUGUUCUCGAAGAAGAUACAAGAUGUAUCUUGGGGUUUGACUUGUUGGAAGAAGAUUCUGGUGUGCAGCCUAGGAGUGAACCAGUUAAAGUUAAGGACUGUCCCAUUUAUGAGCAGCUUUGCACUAUAUUUGGUGAUGAUUCCGUUGAUGGUAGAUAUGCUCAGUCAAGUCACUUUGAAGGAUUAGAAGAAUCCAUGGCAAAUCAAUCCUCGGAGAAUGUAUCAACACCAACUUUAGCGCAAGCGGACACAAACCUGGUAGAUAGAAAAAGGAAGAGAGAACCUGAUUCAAAGACCUCUUUAGGACCGAGCCAUAUUGAUCCAGAUGCUUUGGAAAAAAUGGCAGGUGCUUUGUCGGACAUGGUAACUGCUUUUAGAUCAAGGAUGGCUGAUUCCGUAACGCAAGAGGACAGAUUUAGUAUUACAAACUGUAUCAAUGUGCUUGACGAGAUAGAGAACGUGGAUGAAGGCGUCUAUUUUGCAGCUUUAGACCUUUUUGAGAACCCUGGUCUUAGGGAGACGUUCCUAUCUCUUAAUAGUAACAAGUUACGGUUAACAUGGUUACAAGGCAAAUGCAGGAAACUUUCUCCUUCAGUUUCACUGGAAGGUUGACUUCAACCUAUAUAUAUAUAUAUAUAUAUAUAUAUGUAGCUAGCUCAUUGUUGUUGCAAGUAAAAACAAUAAAAAAUAGUAUCAGCAAGAUGAAGAUACAUGUUGUUAUGUCAUGCUACUUCAUUACAACGGAAGAAACAUUUUGAUUGAUCUCUUUGAUACAACAUGUUGUUCUGUCA